AUGGGGGCCGUCCUACACUACGCUUCAGACACGAUGCUGUUGAUGCCUUCAGUGCAGUGGCUUCUGCUCCUUUGGGGGCUGCAGGGUGUUUGGUCACAGGACUACAGAGGUUAUGACGGGGCAGUGACAUCCAAUAGGAGGAACAGGCAACAGACGUCCAAUUAUGUGCCAUAUAAUAGCAAAGCACUUACUGAUGAUGCUUGCAGACUGGAAUUAGCUUUUUUGAUUGACAGCUCCGAGAGCGCCAAAGACAAUCACGCCCAAGAAAAGCGCUUUGCGUCAGAAGUGACCGAGCGACUCCAGGGCCUCCGCCUGCAAAGCGACCGCAGAUUCAUCGGCCGUUCGGCCCUCCUUCAGUACAGUAGCCAUGUCAUCGUAGAGCAAACUUUUAAACAGUGGCAAGGUGUGGAAAAUUUCAAGGCCCGCAUAGCUCCCAUUACCUACAUCGGCCACGGCACCUACAUCACCUACGCCAUCACAAACCUCACACGUAUCUACCGGGAAGAGUCGAAUCCCAGCAGCAUCAAGGUGGCCAUUCUGCUUUUUGACGGUAUCUCGCACCCGAGGAACCCAGACAUAUCUACGGCCGUGGCUGAAGCCAAGAGCCAGGGGGUCCACUUCUUUACCAUCGGAAUCACGCCCGAAGCCAAGGAGUCCGCCAAUAUUGCCCAGUUGCGGCUCAUUGCGAGCUCACCGGCGUCACGCUAUCUUCAUAACCUGCAGGACAGAGGCAUUGUGGAAAAAGUGGUCCGAGAAAUGACAACACUGGCAGAUGAAGGGUGUCCUGUUGUGCAGAACCUGUGUGCGUGUGAGAAGGGCGAGCGGGGGCCCAGCGGCCCUGCUGGCAAGAAGGGCCGUCCUGGAGAGGAUGGCAUCCAGGGACCAAGGGGACAAAAGGGUGAAGCUGGGCUUAGUGGACUUCCAGGUCGAGAAGGAGCUGAGGGCAGACCUGGAUACAAAGGAGAGCAGGGGGAGAGAGGAGAGUGUGGUACUCCUGGAAUUAAGGGAGACAGAGGCCCUGAAGGAUCCAUUGGCCCCAGGGGGAAUCGUGGACUUCAGGGUUUGCCUGGUCCCCCUGGCGAUAUUGGACCGGAAGGUUUGACUGGAAAAAAAGGAGAACGAGGGCCUCCAGGUCCGUCUGGAAUCCAAGGGGAAACAGGGAUCGGACUUCCUGGACAAAAGGGUAAUGUUGGUCUUCAAGGACAACCAGGACCAGCAGGUCCAGUGGGACAUGGUGAGCCUGGACCACCGGGACCUCAAGGGCCACAGGGGAUCCAAGGAGAAAGGGGACCUUUGGGUGAAGGUCUCCCUGGCACCAAGGGGGAGCGAGGCUUGGAGGGACCACGGGGGCCUAGAGGACUACUGGGGAUUGGAGUUAAAGGAGACAAGGGGGACUUUGGCCUUCCUGGUCCUGUAGGCCCUAUCGGCCUACCCGGUGUGGGAAUCCAGGGUGAGAAGGGCAUUGAAGGUCCAAGAGGGCCACCAGGUCUACGAGGUCCACCAGGAGAAGGCUUACCUGGACCCAAGGGAGACCAGGGGUUCCCAGGUGAGGUUGGUGCUCCUGGAGAGAGAGGAGUGGGAGAACAUGGAGAUAAGGGUGAGCAAGGAUCACCAGGAAUUUCGGGGUUACCAGGUUUGCCAGGGGAGGACGGCGCUCCUGGACAGAAGGGUGAGCCAGGAGCUCCAGGCCUGAGGGGGGCGGAAGGGUCACCUGGGACUGGAAUACAAGGUGAAAAGGGUGACCAAGGUCAAAGGGGAAUAAGAGGCUUGACUGGACCACCUGGCAUUAGUGGCCCUUUAGGACCCAAGGGUGAACCAGGGUCACAAGGCAGGGUGGGUUUACCUGGUCCACCCGGACGCUUUGUAAUGGGACCCAAGGGUGAUGUUGGACCAAGCGGACCUCCUGGUCCAAUUGGGGAGACCGGCUAUGGGCUUCCCGGUCCAAAGGGAGACCAUGGAGAUCCAGGCCCUGCAGGUCCAUUCGGCCCUAAAGGAGAAGGCUAUCCUGGCCCUGUGGGCCCCACUGGCUUGCCUGGGCUUCCAGGAGAACCUGGCCCUGAUGGGAUAGGCUUUCCUGGUCCAAAGGGCGAUAUCGGUUUCCGAGGGUUGCCUGGAUUACCUGGACCUCCAGGUGAAGGACUUCCUGGACCGCAGGGUCAUCCUGGGCGGCCGGGUUUGUUGGGGCCAGUGGGGCCACCGGGAGUGGGAGUCCAAGGACCAAAGGGUGAACAGGGGGUCCAGGGUGUGACAGGACCAAGGGGGCCUGCUGGAGAAGGCUUUCCUGGAGCUAAAGGAGACCGCGGUUCUGCCGGGGAGAGAGGCCAGAAGGGCUUCAAAGGAGAUAUGGGUGACCCAGGCAGCCCCGGGCCAAGUGGCCGAGCGGGUGCCAAAGGAGAAGCAGGCCUUACAAGGGAAGACGUCAUAAAAUUGAUCAAAGAAAUUUGUGGUUGCGGAAUCAAGUGUAAGGAAAGGCCUAUGGAGUUGGUGUUUGUCAUUGACAGCUCAGAAAGCGUGGGUCCCGAGAACUUUGAGAUCAUUAAAGACUUUGUGAACGCGCUAGUCGACCGAGUCACAGUUGGUCGCAACUCCACCAGAAUUGGCCUGGUUCUGUACAGCCUGGAGGUCAAGUUGGUAUUCAACCUGGCCCGCUAUGUAGCCAAAGAGGACAUCAAACAGGCUAUUAGGAACAUACAAUAUAUGGGAGAGGGCACUUACACCGGUACGGCUAUACGGAAAGCGACACAGGAAGCCUUCUACAGUUCACGCCUCGGAGUUAGCAAAGUUGCCAUCGUUAUUACGGACGGACAAGCAGACAAACGAGAGCCAGUCAAGCUCGAUAUCGCCGUACGAGAAGCUCACGCUGCCAAUAUUGAAAUGUUCGCCCUCGGGAUUGUCAACACUUCGGACCCAACGCAGGCAGAGUUUCUCAGAGAGCUCAACUUGAUCGCCUCUGAUCCUGACACCGAGCACAUGUUCCUUAUUGAUGACUUCAACACAUUGCCAGCAAUGGAAUCCAAGUUGGUCAGCCAGUUCUGUGAAGACGAGAAUGGAGACCUGAUAUAUAACAGGCUAACUAACGGAAACAAUGGCCAUAGCAACAGCAGGAAUGGCAACAAUGAGAAGUAUGCCAAAGGCGGCAGUGGGUACCGACCCACCACUGACCGGGAGCGCCUGAACAACCAGAAAGGCCAGAAAGGAUCCAACACAAGACAAGAUGUGCGUCCAGAUAUAACAAACUGGGGGACUGAACGUGGGGACACGUUUAACCGUGGCAACACAGGAUUCCAACCUAUUCCUUCUGCCACACAAGACUCAUCUACUGUAAAUGUAUCAUCUCCUUCAUCAUCAUCAGUGACUAAACCAUCAGACCCUCGCUGUGAUUUGGCUUUGGAGCAGGGCUUGUGCCGCGAAUACGUCAUCCGCUGGUACUAUGACAAGCAGGCCAACGCAUGUGCUCAGUUCUGGUUCGGAGGUUGCAGCGGGAACAAGAACCGCUUUGACUCAGAGGAAGAAUGCAAGAGGACUUGUGUUCUAACUACAUCUUCAGGAGGCUGA